CUUCGGGCUGGCCCCGCCCCAUCUACUGACGUCACCGCAGGGGUGUCCUCGGGUUGCGAGCGGAGCCCUGAUCCGGGCUGGCACUGUGGCGCAACUCGGCAGGCAGUCAGAAGAAACGCGGCGCUUGUCCAGCCAAGUGUUAGUAUCACUUAUACACGUAAAAUAGUAAUUAUUGUAAAAAGAAUGGCAUCCCGUGGUAUGUGAUGAGACUGCUGUCUCCGCGAACGGAAAAAGGCCGGCUUUCCUUUUCGCCUGCAGCAGCGUGCGGACGGCUGCGGAUUUAAAGGGGCAGCGCCGCAGCGGAGCAGCCAUGGAGGCGGGCAGCGCCAGAGAGAAGAGCGCUCCGGACUCCGAGGGCGAGCGGCAGUACUGCCAGCUGUGCGGUAGGAUGGAGAACCUGCUGAAAUGCGCCCGGUGCCGGAGCUCCUUCUACUGCAGCAAGGAGCACCAGAAACAGCACUGGAAAAAGCACAAGCUGGUGUGCAAGGAGGCCGACAAGCCGCAGGUGUUAAAGCAGCCCGAAGAGCACGCAUCCCGCCUGCUGUUGCAGAAGAACGGCGGGGAAGCGAGCAGCACGUCCGCGCAAAGCGCGCUUGGCACGGAGCCGCUCAAUCCGCCGGGGGAUGGGGAUGGGGUGAAAGAACUUAUUACUUCUACGGAGGGAUCGGCUAGUUUAUGUGACAGCAGGCAAGCGGGAACCAAACAAGGCGUUAGUAAUAACCUCAAAAAGAACGGACAAUCAAAACCAAAUACGCAGAAACUUGCAAUAUAUAUAGUGCAAUGUAUGAACAAGCACGGCAUGUGUGUGGUUGACGACUUCCUAGGAGAGGAGAUCGGGAUGAGCAUCUUGGCGAACGUGCUCGCCCUCCGCAAAACCGGCAGAUUCACUGACGGACAGUUAGUCAGUCAAAAAAGCGACUCUUCCACAGACAUACGAGGAGACAAAAUCACCUGGAUCGAAGGGAAGGAGCCGGGAUGCGAGAACAUAUCUUUUCUUAUGAGCUGCAUGGACGACGUGGUCAGGCACUGCAAUGGAAAACUAGAAAGCUACAAAAUUAACGGGAGGACGAAGGCAAUGGUGGCGUGUUACCCAGGCAACGGGGCAGGAUACGUGCGACAUGUAGACAACCCAAAUGGAGACGGGAGAUGCGUCACAUGUAUAUAUUAUCUCAACAAAGACUGGGAUUCCCGGGAACAUGGAGGUCUGCUCCGGAUCUUCCCAGAAGGGAAAUCCAGCUUUGCCGACAUUGAUCCCAAGUUCGACCGGCUGCUGCUCUUCUGGUCGGACCGGCGCAACCCCCAUGAGGUGCAGCCCUCGUAUGCUACAAGGUAUGCCAUAACAGUGUGGUACUUCGAUGCUGAGGAGCGAGCCCGAGCCAAGGAGAAAUACCUAACAGGUGGCGGAGAGAAGGGUGUGAGAGUGGAGCUAAACAAAGCAGAAGAUUCCGGCUCCUGAAGAAUGGGGAUUGGGGGUGGGGGGCAGGCUAGACUUUGGAAUCCAGGCAAGUCGUGUGAAAGGCAACGGCAGGAUGGAAUGGACUGCCAUGGAAAUGGAGUCAUAUGUUUGUUCUGAACCAUCGACCCAGCAUGGAUAUCAGCGCCCUGACCUUGAAUGAUGUUGUGAUGUCAUUGCACUGUGCACAAGCCAUUUUUUUUGUGUUUUACCCGGAAAGCUGCUUGCAUGUAAGCAGACCAAGGCAGAAUGUGCUUUCGGGGGGAGGGGGGCUUGUUUGAAAAGGUCGAGCGAUAAUCGUCAAGGCUGAACAAAAGGUGCAGUUUCGCACGUUCACCUCAGUCGGUGAGUUAAGCUGUUUUUCGACAAAAAAGUUUCUCGGUCUGACCGAAAUGGGGAAGGAGGAGAAGCGGGGAGCCUCGUGUGUGACGCGAGGAACAGCUGCUCUCGGACUCGCUGGGUGAUAGCGAGUCCAUGGCCUGCGAUGGCCACAUCACGAUCACCGGUCUGGGGCUGCAGACUUAAAGGUUAAACUGCCAGUGUUGCAUUAUUUUUUUUUAAAUGUCUUUUGAAAUGUACUUCUGCUGGCUGACUGGCUUUAUUUCCUGCUCAGACCUAAUCAAAUAAAUGUGAAUAAUAAUUUUUA